UUGGAGAAAUCUGCAGAGGAGGAUAAGGAUGAGGACGGAGCUUCUAAAGAAGUUAAAAUCUCCGAAUCUGUUCCCUUCAAGAAGGAAACCAACAAGGCCAAUGAGUUAAUCGACCCGAAGAAAAAAGCGCUGGACGAAUUCAAGGUUCUAAUCCAAGAGGCGCUAAGCAAACACGAGUUCUCCGCCCCGCUGCCGCCGCCGGCGGCCACCCUCCAGGAGGAGAAAAAGGAGAAGCCGAAAGCGGAGGAGAAAAGAGAAGAAGAAGAAGAGUCUAAGACUGAAGAGAAAAAAGACGACGGCCCAAAAACUGAAUCAUGUAGAGAAGCUCCGCUGGUGGCGGUGGGCUAG